UGUUACUCCCCAGCCAAACAGACGCAGCGUUCAUACACAGAGAGAGAGAGAGAGACAUUCCUGGGAAUGAUGUCAGGGAUCUUGCGGAAGAAACCUCAUUUCCCUGGAAGUACGUGUCUGAAGUAAAGUUGAGCUGUCGGCCAAGAGUGAGAUCAGAGCUACAGAGAGAGAGAGAGAGGGAAAGGGAGAGAGAGAGAAGGGGCUGGUUAUGGUUGACAGAUGACAGCAGCAUCUUGUGACAGGCCAGCACUGACAGCUCGGUUAAGUUGCAAGACCUGAAAGGAACUGUCAACAUUCACAUUCCUAAAGGUGAGGUGAAAGAGCAGGAGACGGGGGAGAGGGAGAAAGGAUAAAACAGACACAGGAGCAACUCAAGGCUUUGGAAAAGCAUCAUCAAAGUGAGGAUCUGGAAUCUAGUCGGCGCGUUUCAUUUUGUUUAAUAUUACAGACCUCCACUACCAGUUCAAACUUGGAUCGGUUGAGGAAGAUUAACUUUUUUGCUUGAAUUUUCGAUCCUCUCCUCUGCCCCCCCCCCCCUCCCAACCACCCAACCCCAACAUGCUGGGUUGAUGGGGGAAUGGCCUCCGCGGUGUUUGAAGGAACCUCUCUGGUGAACAUGUUCGUGAGGGACUGCUGGGUGAACGGUGUCAGGAAACUCAUCGUCAACCGGAGGGAGGAAGAGUUUUUCGAGAUCAGGACCGAGUGGUCGGACAGGAACGUGCUGUACUUACACCGGAGUUACGCCGACCUGGCCAGGGUCUUGAAGAGGCUGACGGACGCCUUCCCCGAAGACCAGGCGGAACUUUCCCGCUGCCCUCUGGUCGAAGGGUUAGUUGCAGUGAAAAAAGCCCAUGACAUAGAAGCAAGACUGAACGAAAUUGAGAAAGUUCUGAAGAUUAUAAUUAACUUGCCCUGCAAAUAUUCUAGGUCAGAAGUUGUUCUCACCUUCUUCGAAAGAUCUUCGAUAGAUCAAGUAUUAAAAAAUGACUCUAUCCAGAAAGUUCAGAUGAGCUUCCAAAGCCCUGUCAAAAUAUCGGAUAUUAUGCGUUCAAAUGGAUUUUGCUUAGCAAACACAGAAACAAUUGUUUUCGACAGCAAUAUUCCAAACGGCAAAGAGCAGCACCUGGCAGCAGAUUCUGCAGAAAACUUGUUUGAAAUUGGAACUGAGUUUCCCGAAGAAGCCGAGAACAAUGAUCCCAGCGCCUAUGUUACAAACUUGUCGUACUAUCAGCUAGUUCCUUUCGAAACGGAUAUCUUGGAGUGAUUCCAGCAGGGGACGCAGGUUAUUACAAAGGUUUGCUGUUCUGCCCGCUGUCCCCAUUCUUUCUACCCAGUCACUGCCCACAACCACACGUCUGUCGGAGUGUGCAACCGCACCCUGGAAUGAUGCUGUUCGCUAACCAACGUGCAGUUCUAAUUAUCUUUAAUCAACCUGUUCAGAGACAUUAUGACACACCUCUGGGGCAGGUGAGGCUUGGAUCCAGGUCACCUGCCUCAGAGGUACGGACACUACCACUGUGUCACAGGAGCCCUUACCUAUUGGUCAGCAGUGGAGCCCUCUUUCAGCUGGCUGAAAUUGAUGAAGGAUACUUGAAUACCGCUGGGUAACCCCCUCUUACUUCAGUUUCUCAUUUAAAUGUUUACAGAAGAUGGACAAAAGUGACACAUGAAAAGCUGCUUCAAAAUGAAUCCUUUGGCUAAUUCAAAGGACACCGGAUAUUCACAUGACUGAGGUGAGGAAAUUAGUGCACGAGGUGUUUCCUCCAUUCAAAAAGAAAUUAAUAAAUGCUGCAGUAAGCAAAUAGACCACCGUAGAUUAACAACAAAUCCCAUCCCUUUGAAGCAAUGCUGAUGGACGAUUGUCUCUGAGUCACAGAGUCGAUUUCCGUGGAGAAGGGUUGCUGUUUAACUCAGUCUGACUGAUUCUCAAGCAACAGGCCAUCAGGGACAACCUACCAGGCUGCUCCAUCUGGAAAGGCAAUCCUGUCAGCAAGGAGCUGUUUCAAGAUCUACAUGGGUCUCCCACCAUGACACACACACUCACACACAAACACACAAACACACACACACACACACACACAUCAAGCUUUUGCUGCAA